ACAACUAUUAGGGAACAGGCGCUGUGUAUUGGGACGGGUAGGAAUGGUUCAUGCAAACGGAAAAGAUGAGUAGUGUAAUAAAGCUUUUAGUUAUCAGGAAACCGUGCGCUAUUGUUGGUAGUUAACUAGAGAGGCAACUACUCAGAAUCAUUGGGAGUAACAGGCGGCGUCCUAUGGCGGGUCUGUCUUAUUUAGUGUUCCGAUUUUCGGGGUCCGCUGGAAGGACUUACGGUGUGUUCUCAAAAGGAUUGACGAGGACUUUGUUGAUAUUUUUUGAUCUUGCAUGGCGACUUAGAAUCAGAUUUCCUUACCUCUACCUCAUCGCCUCAAUGAUGUUCAACGUACGAUUACAGGUACACAUUGAAAUACAUUGAUGUGAAACUGACACAGGUGAAGACCAUGACCCCUCAAGUGAAGCGCUGAUUUGUCGCAGAAUUUGCCAGUAUAUGAGGGUUUACCUAAAGAAGAAGGAAAAAAAAUGAUGACGAGCAGGGUGAUGUCGUUCCUUUCGUUGUCACUUCCUUUUAGAGCAUCGAGGAGCCCUGUGCCUUUGAUCAAAUAAGGACACUGUGAUGUCAUGAGAGGUUGCCAAUCCCUACACCAAGGGGGAGGGACGUAAUGUGAUACAUCCUUGCUGGCCUAGAGCUGACUGCAGUUGUAAAGUUUCAAACUGGUCAGAGAGCACGCGGAAUGCUGAAUGGGUUUCACUCUUCACGAUUUCCAGGGAUAUGAUGACUAAUUUGUAUGAUAAAGUCAGUCAUGAAAGUUCAGGGUUCUUUUUUGUCUUCUUCUAUUCCUUCAUCUUUUUGGUGGUCCAUCUGACAGUGAUAUGGACAACACCCCCAUGUGGUCAUCUCAGAAGGGAAAACUGGAGCCUUAAAUUUUACUGCAUUUCAGAAGCAGCCUCUUUCGUCGUGACAGCCUCCCCCUCUGUUGACUUGGUGUAGCUCAGCCCUUGUAUGUCCUUCUUUUAAAAUCCAGGUGUACUGGGAAGUGGGUCACUCCUUUGGACAGAAGCAGAGGGGUGAAGGGGAGGGUCAGCGGCAGGUUGGGCAUCGCAAAUAUGAGGGUGACCGCUUUCAGUUUGCAGAGCGAGGGAAGGUACAUAGCGCAGUCCUGUAUGCCGCACACAAUGCCUUGCUUACCGGCCAGGACAGGAGAGGCUGGCCAAAGGUGGUGGGGACAAUGCACGGCAGGAGAGCGAGGUUACCUUCCCCAUUUCUCCAACAAACCACUCCCAUUGGUUGAGAGGGUUUGCGGCAGAAAGGGCCAUAGCCUGUUGCUGCAGGUCUUUAAUAUACUGUACAGUGUAGUGGUUGUGAAAUGGCUGCAUGCACACCAUUUCACACCCCAAUCACUUGCUCAUCUAUAGGAUCGAAAUCACAACACAGCACCUUCUGCACUUACUAAUA